AUGAGGCUUCUCGCCAUCACCGUCGCACUCGUCGGCACCACUGCCGCAGAAGUCCUCCUCUAUAAACCCACCGGCCCCUACCACGUCACGCAAAACCAACAUGUCCUCAACCACACCACGCUGGACGACUUCACCGCGCCGGCCGGAAGCGGCGGCGACGGCACCAUGCUCCUCGUGACGACAUACGGCCCGACGCUGUCCGCCCCGCAACGCACCCGGCCCUGGAUCGACGCCACCAACGCCGCCAUCUGGGGCUCCGCGCUGGGAAUCCCACCCCCUCUACUCUCCUUACUCGUCACCGAACUCCAAUGGCAAGCACCGGGCCUCCCCAGCACCAGCAUCAGCACCAGCACCAGGACCUGCCCCGUGACGCCGGCGCGCCCCUCCAUCCUCUUCAUGCCCGGGGCGGGGAUGCCGUGCUUCGCCUACACGACCUACCUCUCCGAGCUCGCGUCCUGGGGCUACACCGUCUACGCCAUCGACCACCCGGGCGAGCCGCCGUACCUGGAAAUGCCGGGCGACGGCGACGGCGGCGGCGUCCACAGCGCGUUCCCGCCCCUCGCCAACUGGACCUUCCCGCAGCUGCAGCAGAUCUACGAGCACCGCCUCGCCGACGCCGCCGCGCUGCUGGGACAGGGUCCGGCGUACCUGCGGUCUCUGGCCCAGCCGCCGUCGUUGUCGUCGUCUCAGUCUCCAUUUGAUCAGGCCGACCAACAGCACAUCCUCCGCGGUGGCGACGGCAGCAGCGACGACGACGCCGACGCCGACGCCGACGCCGACCCCUCCACCACCGCCUUCUUCGUCUUCGGCCACAGCAUCGGCGGCGCCGCCGCGGCGGGCAUCAUGGCGCAGGCCAACACCGUCGCCACCGUCCCAGGCAGCCCGCCGCUCCCACCGCUCCUCGCGGGCGCCAACCUCGACGGCUGGUUCUUCUUCGACAUCCGGGACCUGCACGGCAACGGCUCCGGGUCCAACCGGCCCUAUCCCGACCUCGCGCCGGCGCCGUUCCUGCUCGUCGCGAAGCAGCGCCCGCCGCGGCCGGACGCGACGUGGGCCAAGUUCGGCGCGGCGCAGAGCGGGUGGCUGCGGGACGUGGGGGUGCGGGGCGCGGAGCAUUUUGAUUUUGGCGAUUUGCCGGUGGUGGUGGAUGCGUUGGGGGUGAGGGGGGCUGCGGCGGCGGCGGGGGAGGAGGGGGAGGAGGAGGCGGAGGAGGAAGGGGUGGGAUCGGGGUUGCUGGGCGGGAUUGGGGGAGAGAGGAUGGUGGAGGUUGUCAUGGGGUUGGUGAGGGCGUGCGUGGGGUGGGUGGAGGGGAGGGGCUUGCGGGAGGUGGAUGCGGUGCAGUGGGGUUUUCCUGAGACGUGGGUGCGUGAGGCGAAGGAUGGUGUGGUUGGUGGUGAUGGUGGGUGGUGGGUGGGGGAGACGUGGAGUUGA